AUGUCAGUCCCGGGCCUCUCGCUACCGGGGCUGUCCAUGUCGGCGUCAGCAGCGGCCGCCGCCGCCGCCUCGUCAUCCGCCGCCGCCUCGGCCGCCGACAUGCUGGCACCGGCGUCGGCGCCGCGGGUGCAGGACCUGGCGCCGGGGACCGAGUACCGGUUCGAGGUGCCGUUCAACGCGACGCUGACGGUGAAGCUGCUCAACGGCACGGCCGAGUGCUUCGGCACGGAGCUGGCGUGCAACGCAAAGGAGCCGUACGCGUUCCGCGCGGGCACAAAGGCCGCCAUCUACACCUGGCACGGCUGCCGCCUGCAGGUCGAGGGCGACGUCGAGAGCGAGUACCAGGCCGAGGAGACGCCCAUGGUCGAGUACGCGAACGUGCACUUUGCGCUCGAGCAGAUGCGGAACGCGGUGGGGGCGGCGGCGUCGGCGCAGUACCAGCAGCAAGAGUCUGGGUAUAACAAUGGUGGCGGCGAGAAGCCCAUUGGCCCGCGCGUGCUGGUCGUGGGGCCGGAGAAUGCGGGCAAGACGAGCUUGGUGCGGCUGCUGACGGCGUACGCGGUCAAGAUGGGGCGCCAGCCCGUGCUCGUCAACCUGGACCCGCGGCAGGGCAUGCUGAGCCCGCCCGGCUCGCUGGCCACGGCCGCGGUGGCCAGCGUGCUGGACGUCGAGGAGGGGUGGGGCAGCAGCCCGAUCAACGGGCCCAGCCCCGUGCCGGUCAAGAUGCCGCUGGUCUAUCACUACGGGCUGGGCAGCCCGGACGACAACCCGAAGAUGUAUCGGGGCUUGGUGACGCGGCUGGCGCUGGCGGUGACGAGCAGGCUGGGCGAGGACGACGAUGUCAGGAGGUCUGGGUGCUUUAUUGAUACGCCCGGCGCGCUGAGCGUGGAUAAGAGGGGCGUGUAUGAGAAUAUACAACAUGUUGUUUCGGAGUUCUCAGUGAACGUCAUCCUCGUCCUCGGAUCAGAACGCCUUUACAGCGACCUCUCCCGGCGUUUCUCGCGUCCCGGCGAGGAUCCCGUCCAAGUCGUCAAGCUCGACAAGUCGGGCGGAUGUGUUGACCGCGAUGAGAGCUACAUGAAGGCACUGAGGCAAAUGCAAGUUCGGUCUUAUUUCUUUGGACAGGGCUGGACGACGCUCAGCCCUCACACGCAGCGCGUCGACUUCAACUCUCUGCAUGUCUUCCGCACCGUAGACACAUCUGCGACCAACCCUGCAUCGUCCUUCCUUCCCGGUGGCGAAGCCGACGACGACGCCGAGCCUUCCGGGCGCCUGUAUGACAAAAUCAAACCGUCCCUGAUGAUACAGAACGGCUUGCUCGCCAUCACCCAUGCGGAGCCGUCCGACAGCUACGAGCACAUCCGUGACAGCAGCGUCAUGGGAUACGUGUACAUCGCCGACGUCGACGAAGCGAAGCAAAACGUCAAGCUGCUGGCGCCGCUGAGCGGGCAGAUUCCACGGAGCGCCAUGAUCUUGGGCAACUGGCCGGAGGACGUUGCUGGAUUGGUGGGCUGA